CCUCAGUCUGGCUCGGCCGUCGAUAUACGACGACGCGUACUAAUUCACCCGCACUCGCACUCGCCUCUCGCGAGCCACUCGUAACGCUCCCUCGGUUAUAGAUCGCGGCGGCCGUAGUGAGCUCGUGAUCUGGACACUCUUAACUCUCGAAGCUGCAGCAGCUAAGAUGCUGCCUGCGCUGGUGUUGCUAGUGCUGCUGGCGCUGGCCCCAGCCGGGCCCGCCGCAGCACGUCGGCACGCGCCCGACUUGCGUGAGGACGAACCCGCACGUCGCACCACUCGACCUGCUGAAUGUCAGUUUGGCAAACAAGCGAAAGAGUUAGGGUCCACAUGGUUCGCGGACCUGGGUCCUCCUUUCGGUGUGAUGUACUGCAUCAAAUGUGAGUGUAUACCGGUACAAAAGAAACGUCGCGUGGUAGCUAAGGUCCAGUGUCGAAAUAUUAAGAAUGAGUGCCCGGAACCGUCUUGUGACACUCCGACUCUGUUACCCGGGAGGUGCUGCAAGACCUGUCCAGGAGAUAUCAACUCACCAGACAUUGUGCAAGAUGACGGUCCUAUAUCUAUAAUAACCAACAAUGAAGACGAGGAAUUGAGUAUGAGACAUUUUGGGGCCUUAUUAACUGGUCGAUCUCCGCUAUGCAUCAGACGAGAUGAUAUGACGGGAGUCCCUGUGGCUUCAGGUGUGGCAACUGCAAGGUUUACUUUUCGACGUCGCCAUCUAUUUUGGUCUGUUAUAUUAGGGACGUCUGUUAGCAUCCAGCCACGUGCCUUGGCUUUUCUUGACAGAGGAGGACGUAUGCUACUUGAACAUCCAAUAAAAAGAGCUACAGGAAUACAUGCCACUUACGAGGAAAAAACUGAUAAGUUGUGUGGUGUCUGGCGUCGAGUGCCUCGUGAAUACAAACGAAUAUUGAGAGAAGGCUCUUUGUAUGUCGCUUUGAUUUGGGGUGACGAGCGUAACAAUUCUAUGGAAAGUGCAUUGAGUGGACGAAUAAAUAGAUAUCCAGCACUAGCGACAGAAAUGUUUACGUCUUUGCUGGAACCGGAUCAUGUUCCAACGUCAUUUAGCAGUGGUCCAUGUGAUGAGUUUCGGGUACCCGGUAAAGAAGAGGGUUGGUGGGGAGGAACUGCUGUUGUAACUGGCGCUGCUGGUGCCGCUCCAAGUUUGCAUUUGGCGAUUGUAUAUAAUGGUGUCUUCAUGCCUGCGGCAAGAGAUCAGUCAGUCAGAGUACUAUUGACUUUGCCUGAUAGAAAUCAGACCAUUAUUGAUGAAGUCCAAAAGAUAAGUAAACCGGGGUACGAAUUGAAUGUUCUAGAAGUAUCCACACCUGUUUCCGCUGCGGAGUUGCGUUCUUUAUCGCGUGGAAGAUUACUAUUGUCAGUAGAAGCAAUGGGAACACCAGACAGAAGAAUUUCUGGUAUUGUCAGACAGAGAGCUGCUUGUGAAGUCUUCCACGCUCCGUUAAUCGCGGAAAGAUUACCAGCUGCAUUGAUACCGCAGGGAUUGGCCUUAGUUUAUAUUGACAAAGAUGGAUCUCUUGUAUACGAUAUACAGGUAGAGAAUUUGAGUAUAAUCGACCCAAAGAUCACAUUGGUCGAAGAGCAAGGUAAACGUCAUUCGCAAGUGGAGAUAUUAGAUACUAGGAUGGGAGUUCUAGCUCGACCCAGUGCCCGUAUCUUCCCUCCACUUUAUGAAGAUCAGCUUGCAGUACAUAUUGGUUCUGAUACAGGUCCGCCAAUCCUGAGAGGUCGUUUACUGUCACGGCCACUGCCAGAUGCGGCUAGUGAAGGGCCGUCAUUACUACGGCGAACAGAUGCUCGAAUGCCACCAACUAUAAACCCAGUAGCUGGACUUGCUUGGAUUGCUAUUGACGUUUUGUGCGGAUUAAAUUAUGAGGUUGUUGUAAAUGGUUACGCUGGUUCUUGGACUGCAUGGCUGGAAGGGAAUCCUAAUGGACCAAGAAUAUUGCCUGGAAUAGAGGGUUCAAUUCUGGAACCAUCUCCUUCAGAACUACUGGCGUUGAAUUCUGGAUCAGCACAUCUUAAUAUUCGAACCUCCGACAAUGAUACUGAGUUUCUACGAACGCGGUUACCCCAGAUAAGCGUGCCACCUUCAUGUCUACCAGCAGGGUCGUAUUCUGACAAUGAGUUAAAUUCCAACUACGCACAAACACAUAUGAAUUCGCCUCCACCAGACAAUUCGUUGUCUAACACAGCUUCUUGUUAUUAUGCCGGAAAGUCCUAUGAAGAUGGAUCACAGUGGAUGGCUGCAGAGUCAUGUCACAUGUGUGGGUGUGUUCAUGGCGCGCUGCGUUGUGACGCGGUCCGCUGUCCCCCGGUCACCUGUGCUGUUCCCACUCUGCGUCCUCCAGGACAAUGUUGUCCAAUUUGCACCAACUCAACUAAAGCCGUAUGGAAUGAGUCCCAUGGUUGUCACCUUGCUGGACAGUACCACGCACCCGGUUCCUCCUGGCAUCCUUACUUAGUACCUGGAGGUUACGACACUUGUGCGAUAUGUACGUGUGAGUUCGCAACACGACAAGUACGCUGUCCACGUGUUCGAUGUCCGCCUUUGAAAUGUGCUGAGAAGGAUGCCUACCGACCCGAUAAGAAGGCUUGCUGUAGAGUUUGUCCCGAAGUAAAAGCGAAAAAGACGGAAGAAGAUACACCAAGAGACCAAGGUACGCCUCGGACAGCUGAAGAGAUUUUAGCUGAAGGUGGAUGCAAGUUUCCGGAUGGUCCCUUGCCCAAUGGCAAAGAGGUGCAUCCAUCCAUUCACUCCCAUGGCGAGCAGAGAUGCGUAACUUGCCGGUGCAAGGAUGGCGAAGUGACGUGCAUUCGUAAGAGAUGUUCACGGGCGGCGUGUGCACGGCGGCGACGCGGCGACGCGUGCUGCGCUUGCGCAAGACACCGCCGCCAGCGCGCCCCACCUCCCCCGCCACCAAGUUGAGUGUUCCUUUCCCACCUCUCCCCGCGACAUACCCCGCACCGCAACCCGCGCCCGCGAACACGUCAGUGAACGCGCAUAUAUAGACUGAUACUUGUAUUCGAAUUACGAAUGUCUCAGCCGCGUCUACUUCCCACCGGUAUUAUAAUUGGUAUUAUCCAGGAACGUUUCGGUUUGCGCGGUCACAGUGCCAUAUUAUGAUGUAAAUAAUAAAUUAUUUUUACCUAUAUUUAUUUAGUAGCGAUCGUGUCGAUUGUCCAUCACAAUAUAUGUAUUGAUCGUCUCUUGUGCAUUUGCUUGUAGUUUUUAUUUACCACUUGUACAUGCUUUACAUGUAACGUGUUUAACGGUAUAUCUUACCGUAUUUAAUCAGCCUGUGUUAACUUUAUUAUAAGUAAACAUAAGUAUGUUUUAAGUUCGAUUUAAUCGUGCGAUUGUCGGCCAGAACAGGUUUUGUAAAUACCUUUUAUAUUGCUCUUCUUAUAUAUAAUAUUACAAUAAAAAAUAAUUAUAUUUUACAUUUAAUGUAUUUUAUAGAUUUGUAGGUUACACGAAGUUAUAAGCAAUUAGUUAGAUAUUACUUACGUGACUUUUUUGACUAGUUUUGUUUAAUUACUAGUAACAGUUUGAUAGUGACGUAAUUAAGGAAGCUAGUCCAAGUGUGUUGAUGUGAUGGAUGCAUGAUAUAUGUAUAUAUAUAUAGAAAUAUAUCUGCUUUGUCUGAUAUUAUACAUAUAAAUAAAUAAAUAAAUAAAUAAAUAAAUAUGUAUAUGUAUAUGUAUAUAUAUAUAUCAUGUUGUUAUGUCUUCUUCAAGUAUUUUGCUUUUACGGCACAAAUUCAAAGUGUAUAUGUGAAAUAUUGCCAAAAAUUAUAAACUUUGUAAAGAGGUUUAUCUUUGAGUUUUUUUUGUGGGAUCUAGUCCAUCAAAAUUUAUUGUAUUAUAUUAUUGGCUACAUGUGACGUAAUUAAUGUAUUUAUUAGGAAACGAUGUAUUUGGUUUUAGUUCUGUAGUCUAACCUAGAAAAUAAUGAUCUAUGGCUUGCGAAUAACAAAAAUAAUAGCCACAAAGGAUACUGUCAAAAGCUUGUAUUGCAUUGUUUUACUUGUUAAUUAUUAUACUGUGUUAAGGAAAUUAUUUAUUUGAAACAGAUUUUACGCGCAUAGUUUUAUUUUUGGCAAAAGUGUAUUCUAAAACAAGCAUAUUGUAACCCACAUUCAGUUUUGGUAUACAAUAAAAUACCUGUAACUACUGA